UUCACUAUCUUUUGCGACUACACAAUAUUCCAACUAUCAACUUGCCUCAUUCUUGGCGUUCUGUGUCUUCUGGCUGCCUUUGCUUGCGUGGCCGCCCCCCCGGUCCUGGCGUGAGCUAACAUAUACUUCGUUAAAAGUCAAGUUUUUUUCUUCUUGGAUAUCGAUUUCUGCCUAGUUUCUACUACUCUCCCAUUUAAGGUUCACGAUGGGCUGCACCUUGUCAAAGUCAAAGGCUUCACUCCGAACAAUAGACACCCAGCAGAAAGAAGCUACAAAGCCUAUCUCACGAUCGCAUGAAGCUUCAUCACCUAUAAAAACGUCCCGACCGAACACACCAGGAAUUACGAGUUCUCCACCGACCCCGAUGUCAAAAUCGCCAGCAACCAGUACACACUCGAUCAGGUCGUCAACAAAUCAGCUCAGUCACGUGAAGAACGCAUCAGUUACGAGUACGACUUCGAACUGUGUGUCGUACCACUCACCACGGGGCUCCGUGCGGAAUUCCCCACGCAGCUCUGCUGUGGUGUCGCCUAUGCGGCCACAAUUUUUGAGCCCUGGAGAUCGAUCAUCGAGCGGUACCGCGUAUGGGGGACCGACAACAUUCCAUGGAAACGCAUAUGCCAUGGGCUGGCAAGGUCGCCAUGCCGAUUGAUUGACUCAGCUGCGCAUUGGCUGGAAUAUGUUUAGCAAACCAGGUCUGAGACCAGAACUCGUGGAAGUUGGAAUUUGAUCCACGGUGGGGCCCAACAACCGAUGACGCCGCACGCCAAACAAGGCAAACUAACCACCAAGCAUGCUUCU